UGGGGCAUGGGGCUUGUCCCCUCUAAGGGCCACCAACUCCCAUCUGGCCCCAGGGUGGGGACUGGCUGGCUCAGGGGGGUGGGAAAUGGUGCACAGGACCUGCCCCUCUAAGGGGCGCUGGCUCUCAUCUGGCCCCAGGGUGGGGGGCUGACUGGCUCAGGGGCCAGGGCCUUUCACAUCCUUUCCCGGCAGGCACCCCCAGGGCGAUGUGGCCAGGCGAGGGGUCGGAGCCGGCUGAGGAGCCAGGCGAGGAGGGCGACGUGCCUGAGCCGCGCUGGGAGCUGCGGAGCGAGUGCCACGCCCGGCAGUUCUUCGAGGCAGCGUUGGAGCUGCGCGGGCAGGGCCAGCUGACGGACAUGACAGUGAUAGCUGGCGCCCGGAGGUACCAGGCCCAUGGCGUGGUGCUGGCUGCCAUCAGCUCCUUCUUCUGCCAGCGGCUGGCAUGCAGGGCCACCGGGGAAGUGGACGUGAGCCCACUGGCCACACCGUGCGGCUGGGAGGCCGUGCUGGAUUUCGCCUAUACUGGGGCCUUCGCGGCCAUGCCGGGCCUGGCCGGGGAGGUGGUGGCUGCAGCUCAGGCCCUGGGUGUGCCUCGGGUGGUGGAGAUCUGCCAGAGGAUGGGGGGCGGGCUGGAGGGCAGGAGCCUAGACGAGGAGCAGUGGGAGACACUGCGGAGCAUGGAGGAGCUGUACCGAGCCGGGGUGGGCUGCGACCUGGUGCUGACCACUGAAGGAGAGACCUUCAGAGCUCACCAGGCUGCUCUGAGCUGCGGCUGCGAGUACUUCCGGGCUAUGUUCUGCAGCGGGAUGCGGGAGGCGCACCAGGGGGCCGACCCCCUGCCCACGCUCAUGGCCCCGGCCGACCUGCGCCUGCUGCUGCCCUUUGCCUACUCAGGGACAGUGGUGGGCAGCUGGGCCGAGCUGCUGGGCGCGGCUGAGACCGCCCUGCAGUACCAGGCCUCGGAGCUGCUGGCGCUGUGCCUGGAGGCCCUACAACAGACGCUGAGCCCAGCCCGCAGCCUGGAUCUGCUGGCUUUCGCCCGCGCCUACGACCUGCGCCUGCUGGGCACUGCCGCCCAGGCCUACGCCCUGGCCAACUUUGAUGGGGUGGCGCGGUGCCCUGGCUUCCCGGCUCUGCCGCUGGCCGAGUUGCUGGCCCUGCUGGGCUCAGACGAGCUCUACGUGGCCAGCGAGGUGGACACCUUUGAAGCUGCCCUGCGCUGGCUGGACGCCGACCGCACCCGCCGCCUGCCCCACGCCGAGGCUGUCCUGGCCCGAGUCCGCUUCUACCUGAUGGGCACGCGGGAGCUGCGCCGGGUGCGGGCCGCGGACCUGCUGGCGCCGCCGGGCCGGCUCUACCAGCUGCUGGUGGCAGCAGUGGCGGACGAGGGGCCCUGCCGUGUGCGCACCCCGGCUGGGGCCCUGGUGAUCUGCGGGGGUGACGGGCUGGCGCCCAGCCUAGCCACCCGCCGCCCCGUCCGGGAGCUGUUCUUUGCCCACCGGUUCCACAGUGGUGUGGGGCUGGUCAAGCAGGUGGAGUGGAGGCGGCUAGGUCAGUUCCCGGACGGGCCACGGUUCCGCCACGCUGCCGCUGUGCUGGACAACGCGCUCUACGUGCUGGGCGGGAAGCACUACUACGGGGUGCGGGACACACUGGCCACGGCCUUCCGGUACGAUCCCGCGCAGGAUUCCUGGCAGCGCCUGGCUGACAUGCCCAGCGCCCGUAGCUCCUUCCCAGCUGUGGGAGUGGCCGGGCGGAUUUACGCCCUGGGGGGCAGCUCUGAGGACACCUACUGCACGGAUGGGGUGCAGUGCUACGACCCCCCUGCCGACACCUGGAGGCCGUGCUCCCCCCUGCCCGCCCCGCUUUGCGGCCACGCCGCCUGCACCUUGGACGGCGCCAUCUACGUCUCGGGAGGCUGUGACGACUCCAAUGAGGGCCGGGCCUGGCUGCUGCGGCUGGGCCCGGGGGGCCCCCCAGCCCAGCUGGCCCCCAUGCUGGAGGAACGGGCCGGCCACAUCAUGGAGGCGCUGGGGGGGCGACUCUACGUGGCUGGGGGCUUGCGCUGGCACGAUGGGGGCUACACCGACCAGCUGGCCUGCGAGGUCUACAGCCCCAGUACGGACGCCUGGGUCCGGCUGAGCCCGCUGCCCCAGGCCCACGUGGGGGGCGCCUCGGCCGUCCUGCAGGGGGAGCUGUAUGUGCUGGGGGGCUACAGCCAGGAGACCUACCGGGACAACCACCUGGUGCACGCCUACCAGCCGGGACGGGGGCGCUGGGUUACGCUGGGCACCCUGCCCCAGGCCUGCGCUGACCUGCGGGCCUGCGUCCUGCUGCUGCCGCCUGCCCUGCGGGGGGACUCGGCCUGCCUGGUGCCCCGCCACGGGACCGGGCAGCCCCUGGCACCUCCGCACGGGGUGGGGACCCUGCCCCCCACCGAACAGGGGACCCCUCUGAGUCCCCCAUGGGACAGGGUCCCCCUCUAACUUCCCCCGAUAUCCCCAUGGGACGGGGCCCCCUCUGACCCCCCACAGAACAGGAGACCCCUCUGACCCCCCUAUGCAACAGGUCAGCCCCCAACACCCCUCAGCGGUAUAGGGGAGCCCGAUUUCUCCACAGGGGGUGGGGGAGCCUCUCUGACAAGGACCCGACACCUCUCCCUGGGACCCUCCCUCGGACACCCCCCGGGGCCCCCUGAGGAGGGAGGAGGCCAGGCGGU